UAAAGACCUAGGGAAUUCUCUAGGGUGCCCAUCGAUCAGCUGUGCUAAGUAUAGUCUGUUUAUGCAGGAUUUCUGAGAAUCGUGUUCACAGUGGCGCGAGAGGCCCCCGGGGUCUGUUAUCUCAAAAACAGUUGGAAUAACGAGUGGCACAUACUGUAGCAAAUUUGAUGGCACUGGGGUGAGAACAAAGGGUAUUGACACAUGUCUCCUUAAUUUAUUUUUAAAAUUUUUUUUUCGUGAAGUUUUCGAAACUUUUUGAAGAGAUUUUCGGUUCAUGAAGUGCUUUUUUGGGGCCUCAGAGCGUUCACUGAGUCAUGGGGGGGCCGGGCGAAAGGUGCAAGGGUAAUGGGGAGGGGGGCAUUGUCAAGGAACUCGAUAGGUAUAUUUCUUCGCGGGAUAAGGCAGGAAUCCUUGCGAUUUUGAAACGAAUAAAAGAGGAGUCGAGGGUCUUCGAAGGAUUCAUCAAGAAUGGAGGGCUCAAGGUACUUGUUCAGGUGCUUAGGGUCCAGAACACCAGAAUACUGGAUUAUGCAUUGAGUAUUCUAGCAAAUGCUUAUCUCAAAAGCUGGGUGCGAGAAGAGAUAAAAGAAAAAAAGCUCCCGGAGAACCUGCUUUGGAUCCUCCAGAACCUCCCCGCGGGGCCGACUCUGCACUGUCGCACUUGUCGUUUAAUUGGUAACAUGUGCCUCUCGAAGCGUCACAGUGAGUCCCUGUGUGCCAUCGGAGUCCUCCCGGCUCUUCUCACAGUUCUAAAGUCUCCCUCCACCCCCCAGACCCACUCCAUGGCAGUCCGAGCAGUGCGCAAUAUCUGGGAUAGUAACAAGUCCUCCCAAACCGAGAUCAUCGACUCGGAACUCAUAAAAGAAGUCAUGGCUCUCCUGAUAAUCUCCAGCAGCAAUCACACCAGUGACCCAACGGAAACAAAAUUCAAGGAUCUUUCUGAGACCUGUAUCAAGGCCCUCAGAGCCCUGUUAGACCCACAGGAUCUCAGGAUCUCCAAGCAGAUUAACUCUGCCAAGAAUUUUAAUUUCAUAGUCGAUCUGUGUGCAUCGAAUCAACGAAGUGGUAUUCAACUGCUCCAUAAACUCACGAGAACUGCGGAGAAUCGGCCUGAGCUCGGCACUUGUGGAGCCAUUGAUUUUUUAAUAACUUUCCUGAAGACCGUUGACUCACAGUCAUCGCUGAGCUCAGUCACUUACGAGGUCAUUACGAGUCUAUGUCUUUUCUCGAGGGAGGCUGUCAACAGGGCCAAGAUCAGGGAUUGCGGAGGGCUGGAGGUCAUGCUAGGACUUCUCGAGAAUGAGGAGAAAGAAAAACAUCAUCAUUUGUUGCUGUGUGCACUGACGCAGUUCGUGGGGGACGAGAAUAGCGUCAGGCUGAUGAUAAAGAGUGGUGUCGUUGGGGUCAUCCUCAGGAUGUUGAAUAAGAUGGUCCUGGAUGUCAGGCUGGAAGAAAAGGGGAGGAAGAGGAGCUGUGAUGUCAUGUCAUUGGAGGGCAGUACGGGAAACAAAGUCAAUAGGACAAGCUAUGGAAGGUUCAGCUUAGACUUUUAUUCGAGUAGAUGGAGUCCCCGCAGUACCAACAGCUCCACAUCAUCACCAUCAGGUUCACCCCCUCUCCCCUCAUACGAUUCCAACGACAACGACGAGGAGAACUACAGCCCCGUGUGCUCCGAGGCUGAAGACUGUCCGGAGAAUGAAGACGCGAAAAGUACAGCAACAAGAGAUGAAAUGGAUUCGUUGAAUAGUUUUGUGUGUUCAAGUAUUGGUAAAGACGAGAGUCAACAUGUGGAGAGAGAGGAGGAGUGUCCAGUGAUGAGUACAGGAAUGAGUGUAUUUCAUACCUGGACUCUGCAGCUUCUAGCAAGACUGACAUUUUGGGAGCAUCCAGUGGAAGGAUUAGCUAAUCCCGUGAUAAUUCAAGCACUGACUGCAUACAUAGAGGCCUCCAAAAAUGCUGAUGCUAUCUCCAUUCUCAAUCGAAUUAUCGACAAUCACGUGUAUUUCAUGCCCCUGCUACUCCAGGGCUUCGUCUUCGACGUCCAGGGCCUCAGAAACUCCGAUGAAUAUCUAAAAGCCUUCUCCCAGAGUGCGGAGUCCGGCGGUGCCUUUGGAGACGUUUCCUCAAUUCUCAGAAGGGGCCGAGAUUCCCAGAAGUUCAUGGUGGCCCUCUCUGUGCCCUUUCUUCUCAGCUCAAGGGAUAAACUGAGAACUUUGCUUACUGAAUACGGGGGAUUAGACCUCAUUUUCCAGCUUCUGAGUGACGAAGGCCACGAGAUGAAUGGGAAAGCAAUUUUUUCAAUAUGCCAGCUUGCUGAAGCUCUUGGGAUGAGGCCGACUAGACCUGUUGAUGACUCUGAUGAUGCUCUGAGAAUCGGGGAGGAACUGGAGGAGGUGGAAGAGAAUGAGAGUGGGAACCAGAAGAAGAGGAGGAAAAAUGGAGGGAAGGAGAAUCUCGUCGUGUUCGAACUGGAUGAUGGGGGGACUGUCGAGGUGGGCAGGAGGGUGCUAUGUGGCAAGAGCGAGGCAUUUAGUGCUAUGCUCGAGGGGAGAUUCUUUGAAGCUGGUCAGACAAGAGUUCGCCUUCAUCACGUGUCAACCGAAGGCCUCGCAGUUCUCUGUGCCUUAGCCAGUGGGAAAUUGUCCCUGACCUCGAAAAAACCCCGAGAAAAACUGGAAAUCGAGGCACUCCUUGACGCUGUUCUUCUCGCUGACAAAUUCCUCAUGUUCGAUGAGUCGGAGAGCCUAACCGAGACAUCAGUCUCCGAGCUAUCUCAUCGUAAUCUUAGUCGUGCUUGGACUUGGGCAAAGACUAACGGAUGCAGUGAAUUUAGAAUUUGUUGUGUCAAAUAUUUUUUAACGUCUCAAGCAUCCAGAGAGGACAGACUGCACUCCUUCAAAGAUUUUUCGUCAGGAAGAUAUUUUAGGGAAUUUUUAGAGGAUAUUCGUGGUAUCAUCAUGAAGAAGCUAUCAAUUCGAUAACAUUGAACAUUGAAAAUAAACUAUCAAUUCGAUAAAAAAUAAUCAACAUCAUCAAUGAUUUUCAAAUUCUACAUUUUUUUAUAAAUUUCUCCAUUCAGUCCCGAUGAAAUAACGUUAUCUCGGGACCUUGAAAAAAUAUUCACGAUUUUUUUAUAUUCUAGAAGAGGCAGGAACUGUACCGAUUCUAUUCACUGAUGCUAAACCCAUUUUGCUCCAGUUAUUGAUGAAAUUUCGACCAAAAUAAAUGAGAGAAAUACAAAAAAACUGUCGCGGCCAAACGAUUUCAUGAUCCGUGAUUGACAUAUGAAAAAUUUCCAACUUCUUAAUUAAUUCGGAUUCAAGUUGAUAUUUAGAACUCUUUCAGAGAAACAAUAAGGGGAAUAAUUCCUUAAUAAAUCAGGAGAAUUUCCUUAAUAAAUUAGGGGAAUAAAUCAGAGAAAAUUAGGGGCAUAAUUCCUUCAAUAUUUGGACUGUACAGUUAUUUUAUUCAGACAAUUAAGUGAAUAUUUUCUUUUGGUCUAGAUUGAAUUUUUUAUCGAACCAUCAUCGACGCUAUCAUUCAACCACAAAGUGUAUAUUUUUUUCUAUUUGAUGUACAUUCAUUGAGCAAAUUAUAAUAAUUAUUUGGUUAAAAUUU